GAUGCGACGGGCGACGAUGAUUCGAAGAUGGGAGAGGUGAUGGAGCAGGCUCCGGAGUUGUUCACCAUGUACGCGACGAUGCAGAACACGAAGCUCGACAGACUCCUGACGAAGAUGGAUGACAUGAACGACAAGAUCGAUGCAGUCAAGGCGAAGACCAUGGAACUCGAUGAAAAGGUUAUUGACUUGGAGGUGGAGCUUGGGAACGUGAAGCUGGACAUCGAAGAUAUGGCCACGCAGGACUCCAUGAGCGACGUGAUGCGCAGGACGGCGGCCAAGAAGUCUGAGGAGGCACUCGAGCGUACCGUGGUUGUCGGCGGGUUCGAGCGGGACUCGCUGGGCACAGAGAUCACGGACGGCAUCAAAGCAGGGUGUGGGGACUCGGACGGCAACGUGGAGGGCUCAGAGGAGAUCUUCGUCCAGGGUCGCCAGAGCAGCAUAGGUUUCGUCAGGUUCAAGGACGCCCAGGGCAAGAAGGAUUUCUUGACGAACUUGAAGAACAAGUGGGAUGUCACGGUCAAUGUCUGGAGGCUGUGGGCGAACGACGACAAGGAUGAGCCAACCCGCCUGAAGGAGAAGCCGGUGGCUAAAAUGGUGAAGGUGUUAGAGGUGGCAGUGGACGGCAUCUCGGACCUCAAGCUGGGCUUCACUGAGGCUUACAGGGAUUUGCUGGCCCACGAGCAAGAACUUGAGCACGUUUCCGUUGCAGAGCGCGUGGGCGAGCUGAAGCGGGCGCGCCAGGACAUGCCGGGGAUGGUGUACAAGCAGAGGCAGACGCUACGCAUCGCAGUCGAUGUUGAUUUCGCGGCGCAGAAGUGUAGCAUUUCAUCGCGGAAGGGUGCCAUCGCGCUGUCAAGCUUCACGGCGGCGUUCCCCAGCCUGUCGCGCGACUACACGCGGGGCGCCCUGAUGGCCGUCGGGUCGCCGCCCCGCGACAACAAGCGCUGGAUCAAGAUCGGCAGCUCCGUUUUCGAAAACAUCGCCCGCAUGAGUUCUGGCGUCUAUGCGCUGUUCCGCGCGGUCAGCGGCGGCGGCGUGCAGGCGAGCGCGGAGAAGAACGCGCGUGCCCUGCUGUAUCUGUGGCGAUGCAGAGGGACACAUAUAGCACGCAACUCGCCACAGUCCGCCAACUCGCACGAGCUCCAGGCCGCCCUCUACACGGACAACUUCUACAAUAACAUCCCCAAGCGCUUGAAAGCCUGGUUCCCGCUCAUCGGUGCGCUUCCGCCUGCUCGCUCCUUCGACGAAGCCUUCCUCGCCGCGCUACCCGUGCCGACGACCGCCGCGCCCUCGCAGACGCCCGCCGCCGAGCAGUCUCGCGCCUACAUGAACGAGCGCGCGGAAGCGUGGGCCGCCCGAUGGAUCCCGAGCGUAUAUUCAAACCCUAGCUACGACGACUACCGCGACUGCAUCAUCGCGCGCCUGGGCCUCGACGGCGAGCCGAGCGAUGACGACGCCAUCCCGCGCGCCAUCGCAGGCCUGGCCGUCGCCUUCAAGACCUACAACUUCCACCGCGUCCAGCACGGCGUGAACAUCGGCUCGGCCUCCAUCAAUGAGGUACCCUUCCAUCUCACAAUCAAGCGCAUCGUCGGCUUGCCCAGCUUGUGUUUCAGCCAGGUGAGUGCCGCUGCCACGAUCGCAGCCGAGGCCGGCAGCAUCUCUAAGCACGGGUCUGCCAAUCUGAUCAAAUCCAUGUGUGCCUUCGAUCGGCGGCUGAAGCUCCCCUUGGCUGCCACCACGGACGCUUUCAUGGAGCAGUUCCCCGAUAGGCGGUUGGCCACCGGCGUCGCGCAA